AAAGAAUAGAAAAAUGAGCACAGGAUACGAGCCCAAAAGCCCAAAAAUCCAUUCUUUAUAUUGCCGGUGGCAUUUGUUAACCUAGCUCUACUAUAAUUUAAAAAAAAAAAGAAAGAAAGCUAGCUUUACUCUCAUCAAAAUGGCAUCGGAGGAAGACAAUGCGCUACGUCUCGUGAAUACUGAAGACGACCCGGACUCCCGCAUGAUUAAUAAGAUGGCAACGGUGGAGUCUGAGAUUUCUGAGAAAGAAAAAGAGGAGAUUCGGCUACUUUAUGAGAGAGCAGAAAGAAGAAGGGGGCCCAACAUUACCUGCUUUCCAAAACCAGUACGUGCGCAGAAACAAGGAGGAGUCUUUGAAGGCCAUUCCAACAACACUCCAAAUAAGUCUGAGAUUUCUGAGAAAGGGAAAGAUGAAAUUCUCUACCCUCCUGGUCGAGAAGCAGACCUUGCAUUAAAUGUGAAGAAACUACGAUCAGAACUGAUUCACCUCGGUCUAUUUGAUGAGGAAGCCCCAAGAAGAACUUCGUCAAGAUAACAAUAGAUGCUGUGUGGAUUCAAAUAUUAUAUACCAUGUAAUAAACUGCAUUAUGUAGAUGGAAUUUGGAAUCUACACGGAUAGAUAAACAUUUGCGUUUAUAAUUUAGGUUGAGUUUUCAAAUGGAUAGAUAGC